AUGCCAGCCAUGGUCAAGAUCAUUGUGGCUGGCUUGUCCGCCGGUGUCGCGUCUGCUUUCGGCACCAUCUCCGAGUUUCCGACAGAGAUUACCAGUCUCAUGGAUCAAACCAACCGUGGAUCCACCACCCUCCAUAGCAAAGCCGCUAUCAAUAUGUUCACCGUGAUUGCCGCUGCGGCGGACAAGGUGAUCGAAAAGUUGUUUAACGCCAAGCUGCCUAAACUCGCCGAGUUCUACGACUCGUGUAUGGACACUGACACAAUAGACACCUUGGGCUUGGCUCCCAUCGAAGCCCACCUCAAGGCGAUCCGCAGCGCCAACUCUACCGUCGAAGCCAUCUUUCGCGGCGCGGCCAUCUCCAACGCCACCGGCGUGAAUCUGUUCGUGAAGUUGUCGAUCUGGCCCGACGACGCCGACGUCACCCGCAACAUCUUGAGUGCCGAACACCCGGGAUCGCCGUUUGGCCGAGAAUAUUUCCACGAACCAUUGUGGGCCGAUGUUGAAAAGCCGUACCGUAAAUACCUUGCCACGAUCUUCACGCUGGCCGGCCACGCGGAGGUGGAGGCGGCCAUUGAUGUCGUGAUUGAUUUUGAACGCCUCUUUGCCGAUGCGUAG